UAAGAAAUAUAGUGAAGAAUUAAUCAAUCAGAUAUGGAAAUCUUAUCUAUUUUUGUGAAAGAGGUAACAGAUUGCUUUAUCCAGCCAGUUGCGCGAGGGAUUGGGUAUUUCUUUUAUUACAAGAGAAACAUCAGAUCUAUGGAAAAUGAAUCUGAGAAGCUGGAGGAUAUCAGAAUUGGGCAUCAAAGAGCGGAGGCUAACCGGAGAAACUUACAAGUCAUUUCACCCAAUGUUGAGGCUUGGUUUACUAGUGUUGAUACCAUUACUGCUGAGGUGGCAGCUGUAAUGCGACGAGGUAGAAUUGAGGUUGAAAGAUAUGAUUGGUGUCCAAACUUGAAGUCACGUUACUUGCUGAGCAGGAGAGCUAAGAAAAUUUCGUUGAAGUUGAUUGAACUUCGAAAUGAAGGCAACAAUUAUGCUGUUUUCUGCUAUCCUGCUGUUGAAAAUGAACCUAUACCUAUCAACAGUGCUGAGGAGUUUGAUUCUAGAAAAUUGCAAGAGGAUGAGGUCAUGGCAGCUUUGAACGAUGACGGGGUCACUAUUAUUGGGAUAUGUGGUCUGGGUGGUGUUGGUAAGACGACACUGGCUGAGAAAAUCAGACAAAAGGCGAAACAAGAAAGGUCGUUCAAUGAUGUUGUUAUGUUAAUUGUCAGUCAACAACCAGACCCUAAAAGAAUUCAGGAUGAGAUCGCAAGAGGGGUCGGGCUUACAUUAGAAGGGGAUGAUUUGUUGAGUCGAGGAGAUCGGCUGCGUACAAGGUUAAUGGAUCACAACAGCCGCACUCUUGUAAUCUUGGAUGAUGUUUGGGAGGCUCUUCAUGAUCUAGAGAAACUUGGAAUUCCCAUCGGUAGCAACCACAACUACCGGUGCAAAGUUAUAUUGACGACACGUCUCCGGCCUGUUUGUGAUACCAUGAAGGCUCAGAAGAUCAUGGAAAUUGGAACUUUACCUGAAGAGGAAGCAUGGAUCCUUUUCAAGGAGAAAGUCGGUAAUUCAGUCAACGAUCCUUCUCUGCUUGACAUAGCAAAAGAUGUUUCCAAAGAAUGCAAGGGGUUGCCGCUUGCAAUUAUUACAGUUGCAGGAGCACUAAAGCGUAAAACCAAGCCUUCGUGGGAGGAUGCCCUUAAACAAUUACGUGGUGCAGAAACAAGAAAUAUCCCUGGAGUGCACACAAAGGUGUAUAGACCUCUGAGGCUAAGCUAUGAUCACUUGGAAAGUGAUGAAGCCAGGUACCUCUUUUUGCUUUGUUCUUUGUUUGAGGAAGAUAGUGAUAUUUGGAUUGAAGAAUUACUUAGAUAUGGAAUGGGGCUUGGCAUUUUUUCGGAAAUGAACAAAUUAGAACAUGCAAGAAAUAGGGUGUGUCUUUUGAUAGAAAUAUUGAAAGACAGUUUCUUGUUAUCCCAAGGUUCAAACAAAAACUAUGUCAAAAUGCAUGAUGUGGUACGUGACGUGGCUAUAUAUAUUGCAUCUGAGGAAGAGCAUAUAUUUAUGGUAAGGCAUGAUGUGAACUCAAAAGAGUUCCCCAAAAAAGACUCUUAUGAGCAAUACAAUCACAUGUCAAUAGUUGCAAAUGAAUUUGAGGAGCUUCCUAGACCAAUAUUUUGUCCAAAACUGGAGCUUCUAAUGUUGAAACUGCGUUUUGGAAAGCUAUUCAAAUUACAGGAUAAUUUUUUUAAUGACAUGGGUGAACUCAAAGUCUUAAGCCUGAGUACAUAUAAUGAGGACUCCAUUUGUCCUUUUCCAACAUCCAUUCAAAGGUUAUCGAGUUUGAGGACGCUGCGUUUGAUUAAUUUAAAGUUGGAUGACAUAGCUAUUAUUGGGGAACUUGUCAAUUUAGAAAUUCUAAGCAUAAGAGAUACUCGGUUAGAUGAGCUGCCAGAGGAGAUAGGAAAUUUGACCAAGUUAAUUGUAUUAGAGUUUUGGAAUAAGUACAAAACACUUGAAAGGAUUUCAACAGGUGUCUUAUCAAAACUAGUUCGACUGGAGGAACUACAUUUGGUGGGAGUAGAAGAUUGUAGUUACUCCACCUUGAGGGAACUGGAAUCUUUAUCGAAAUUGACUACACUGAUGUUAGUUGAAUGUUCCAGAGAUGUGAUUUACAGUAAGUUGGUCCUUCCCUCCAAGUUGAGACGGUACACUAUUAAAGUGGGCGAUGUUUACAAAGAGAGCACGUAUGAUUACGACAAGAGUAUUGCUUUCCAGGUCAUGGAGACCACCCCAUUGGGUGAUUGGAGCUGCUACCUGUUGAAGGAGAGUGAAUAUGUAAAUUCACAUGGAAAGGGCUCUAAUAAUGUGUUGACUGAGUUGCAGCUAAAUGAAUUUCAGAACGUGAAAUGUCUCCGCCUCUCUCAUUGUGAUUUAGUGACACAUAUAUUCAACAUCUCUCGGACGACACAUGAAGUAAUCAAGUUACCCAAUUUAUAUGAGUUGAAGCUUAUAGAUCUGGAAUGCCUCACUCACUUUUGCAGUGACAAUGUUGACGGCAUUGAGUUCCCUCAGUUACGGAAAAUGACCUUCAGUUAUUUACCUGAGUUCCAAAAUUUGUGGCCUACGGUCAACAACUCCAUCACUCACUUAAAUCCUCUUUUUGACGUAAAGGUUUCUUGUCCCAACUUGGAAAAGCUAUAUAUCGAUCGGGUUGACAACAUAAAUGCUCUAUGCUCUCACCAACUUCCAACUGCCUACUUCAGCAAACUUGAAACAUUGCAUGUAUCGAAUUGUGGAAACUUGAGAAACUUGAUGUCUCCAUCAGUGGCAAGAGAUCUUAUAAACCUCCAAAAUUUACGGAUAGAAGGAUGUUCAUCAAUGGAAGAAGUGAUUACAAAAGAGGAACAACAAGGAGAAGGAAUCAUGACCUUAUUUCCCCUAUUGGAAGAACUAAACCUUCUAAGGCUGCCUAAGUUGGGGCAUUUCUUUCUGACAGAGCAUGCUCUUCAAUUUCCAUUUCUUAGAAAAGUGAAGAUACAUGACUGCCCUGAAAUGAAGACGUUUGUCCAACAGAGAAUAUCUGUGAGUACAGCGAGUCUCAAAAGUGUGAACAAUGAGGUGAAAGUAGUUGAUCUCAAUAAAGCAAUGUUCAAUUCUAAGGUUUCUUGUCCCAACUUGAAAGAGCUAAGCAUCUGGACACUUGAGAGCAUAAGUGCUCUAUGCUCUCACCAACUUCCAACUGCCUACUUCAACAAACUUGAAACAUUGCAUGUAUUGAAUUGUGAAAACUUGAGAAACUUGAUGUCUCCAACAGUGGCUCGGGGUGCACUGAAUCUACGAAGAAUACAAAUAGACAAUUGUGUGUCAAUGGAAGAAGUGAUCACAGAAGAGGAACAAAAAGGAGAAGAAAUCAUGACCUUAUUUCCCCUGUUGGAGAAGUUGGAGCUUGAAGAACUGCCUAAGCUGAGGCAUUUCUUUCUGACAAAGCGUGUUACUGAAUUUCCAUUUCUCAGAAAAGUGAGAAUUGGUGACUGCCCUGAAAUGAAAACGUUUGUCCAACAGGGAAUAUCUGUGAGUACACCGAGUCUCGAAAGUGUGAACAAUGAUGAUGAGGUGAAAGUAGUUGAUCUCAAUAAAGCAAUGUUCAAUUCUAAGGUUUCUUGUCCCAACUUGAAAAAGCUAAUCAUUAGGGAACUUGAAAGCAUAAGUGCUCUAUGCUCUCACCAACUUCCAACUGCCUACUUCAGCAAACUUGAAACAUUGCGUGUAUUGAAUUGUGAAAACUUGAGAAACUUGAUGUCUCCAAAAGUGGCUCGGGGUGCACUGAAUCUCCUAAGAAUACAACUAUACAAUUGUGUGUCAAUGGAAGAAGUGAUCACAGAAGAGGAACAACAAGGAGAAGAAAUCAUGACCUUAUUUCCCCUGUUGGAAAAGUUGGAGCUUGAAGAACUGCCUAAGCUGAGGCAUUUCUUUCUGACAAAGCGUGUGACUGAAUUUCCGUCUCUCAGAGAAGUGAAAAUUCGUGACUGCCCUGAAAUGCAGACGUUUGUCCAACAUGGAAUAUCUGUGAGUACACCGAGUCUCGAAAGUGUGAACAAUGAUGAUGAGGUGAAAAUAGUUGAUCUCAAUAAAGCCAUGUUCAAUUCUAAGGUUUCUUGUCCCAACUUGAAAAAGCUAAUCAUUAGGGAACUUGAAAGCAUAAGUGCUCUAUGCUCUCACCAACUUCCAACUGCCUACUUCAGCAAACUUGAAACAUUGCGUGUAUUGAAUUGUGAAAACUUGAGAAACUUGAUGUCUCCAAAAGUGGCUCGGGGUGCACUGAAUCUCCUAAGAAUACAACUAUACAAUUGUGUGUCAAUGGAAGAAGUGAUCACAGAAGAGGAACAACAAGGAGAAGAAAUCAUGACCUUAUUUCCCCUGUUGGAAAAGUUGGAGCUUGAAGAACUGCCUAAGCUGAGGCAUUUCUUUCUGACAAAGCGUGUGACUGAAUUUCCGUCUCUCAGAGAAGUGAAAAUUCGUGACUGCCCUGAAAUGCAGACGUUUGUCCAACAUGGAAUAUCUGUGAGUACACCGAGUCUCGAAAGUGUGAACAAUGAUGAUGAGGUGAAAAUAGUUGAUCUCAAUAAAGCCAUGUUCAAUUCUAAGGUUUCUUGUCCCAACUUGAAAGAGCUAAGCAUCUGGACACUUGAAAGCAUAAGUGCUCUAUGCUCUCACCAACUUCCAACUGCCUACUUCAACAAACUUGAAACAUUGCAUGUAUUGAAUUGUGAAAACUUGAGAAACUUGAUGUCUCCAACAGUGGCUCGGGGUGCACUGAAUCUACGAAGAAUACAAAUAGACAAUUGUGUGUCAAUGGAAGAAGUGAUCACAGAAGAGGAACAACAAGGAGAAGAAAUCAUGACCUUAUUUCCCCUGUUGGAAAAGUUGGAGCUUGAAGAACUGCCUAAGCUGAGGCAUUUCUUUCUGACAAAGCGUGUUACUGAAUUUCCGUUUCUCAGAGAAGUGAAAAUUUGUGACUGCUCUGAAAUGCAGACGUUUGUCCAACAUGGAAUAUCUGUGAGUACACCGAGUCUCGAAAGUGUGAACAAUGAUGAUGAGGUGAAAGUAGUUGAUGAUCUCAAUAAAGCCAUGUUCAAUUCUAAGGUUUCUUGUCCGAGCCUGGAAUAUCUAUAUAUCAAGAAGGUUAACAGUAUAAGUUCUAUAUACUCUCAUCAACAUCCAACUGCCUACUUUAGCAAACUUGAAAAAUUGGAACUAUGGCAUUGUGGAAAAUUGAGAAACUUGAUGUCUCAAUCAGUGGCCAGUAGUCUUCUUAAUCUCCGGAUACUAAGUAUAUAUGAUUGUCAAUCAAUGGAAGAAGUGAUCACAAAAGAGGAACAACAAGGAGAACGAAUCAUGACCUUAUUUCCCCGGUUGAAAGACUCGAGGCUUAACAAUCUGCCUAAGCUGGGGCAUUUCUUUCUGACAGAGCAUGCUCUUAAAUUUCCAUUUCUCAGAGAAGUGUGGAUUGAUGACUGCCCGCAAAUGAAGACGUUUGUCCAACAGGGAAUAUCUGUGAGCACACCGAGUCUCAAAUGCUUGAAUGGUGAUUAUGAAGUGAAAGUAGAUGAUCUCAAUAAAUGGACACAACAAAGGUUCAAUUCUAAGGAACAAAAAGCUAGCCAAGGCACUAUCAAUGGCGACGAAUCUGAAGCUAUUGUUGGCGACAAAUUUGAAGUUGCCGAUGACUACGAAAGGGUGAAACGUGAUUUUGGGGUCAUGAUGUUGCUAGCACCAUAGACAUCUAAAUAAUUGUAUAUAUUAAUGUAAUUAUAUAGUGCUAUAAAUAAGUAUUAUCAUAUAGAUUUGUUGUAGAAUCAGAGAAAUAAAUAUUGUGAUAGAAUAGGUGAUUUGGAGGAAUAACAAAGCAGAUUUAGAGGGAUUAAAUAGCAGAUUUGUAGAGAUAAAUUAGCUAAGUUA